AGAGCACGGGGAGCGAAGGAGCCCGGUCCAAACCUGGUCUAGUCCCGGAGCUGGGAGGACCGUCUCAGCAGGGACAGGCGCAGGUUUACCGGGGAUAUUACCGGGGACAUGAGGCUCAAUGUGACCGCCGCGGUGCUCCUCUCUGCGGCCGCGUACUACGUGUAUCUGCCGCUGCCUCCGGGAGUCUGCGAGCCCUGGAAACUCAUGCUCCUGGACGCACUCUUCAGGAGCUUCAUGACCGCGGGCGAUGUCCUCCACAGCCUGGGUGUCCUCCACAGGGUGCAUCUGUUGAAUCAUGUGGUGUCUCUGGUAGAGGAGGUGCCCGCUCGCUCAUGCUCCGCCCUCCAUGUCACCGACUCCGCCCUCGCAGGCAUCCCCACGCGAGUGUAUCGACCGCGGGCCGGACAGGCGCUCAAGAGGGGGGUGCUGUAUUUCCAUGGAGGCGGCUGGGCUCUGGGCAGUGCACGGAUGCGUUCAUAUGACCUUCUCUGUCGGAAAAUGGCAGAAGAUCUUGAUGCCGUGAUCAUGUCUGUGGAUUAUGGUUUAGCUCCAGAGUCGGUGUUUCCUGCUCCGUACUUGGACGCUCUGUCGGCGUCCCGUUCCUUCCUCUCAGCAGACACGUGGGACAGAUUUGGUUUAGACCCAAACAGACUGUGCAUCUCUGGGGACAGCGCCGGAGGAAACCUGGCUGCAGCAGUCACACAGACGUUGUCUUCAGACCCCUCCCUCCCCACUCAGCCCCGGGUUCAGGCUCUGGUUUACCCGGUGCUCCAGGCGUUGGACUUCCAGACGUCUUCGUACCAGCAGAACCAGGCCGUGCCCAUCCUGUACCGGCCUGUGAUGGCCCGAUUCUGGCUGCAGUACCUCGACGCAGACCCCCUCCUGGAGCCCUCCAUUUUAAACAACCUCCACAGCUGCGCCCUCGACCCAAUCACGCGCUCCAAAAUCAACUGGACCGUCCUAGUGCCCGCCCAUAUAAGGAAACACUACCGGCCUAUCGCCGUGGACACCAGCACGGGGGCGGAGCUCGCUCCUGUGUUCCUGGACGUCCGAGCGGCACCGUUGUUAGCGGAUGAUGUGGUUUUGAGCAGGACUCCCAAAGCCUACAUCCUGACCUGUGAGUUUGACAUUCUGCGUGACGAUGGGAUGAUGUACGCGCGCAGGCUGAGGGAUGCGGGCGUCACGGUAACCAGCGAUCAUUAUGACGACGGUUUCCACGGAUGCAUGGUGUUCGCCAAUCUUCCCAUGAUGUCAUCGGUGGGGAGGCGCAGCAUGGAGGGCUUCAUACGAUGGCUGGACCAGAACCUGUGACAGACCAAAACUCUGCAGCGUCCAAGUGUGAACCAUGUGUUUAAUUAACAAAAAAAAAAACAGAGUUACAUGGUUUUAUAUGAAAUCAUUGGUGCCACAUUAUCAUAACUACUGCUCCAUUAGCCUCAACUCAUACUUUACAGUGACAUCAUGCUGGGGGUCCCACAUGUAUGCCUACAGUGGAAUGUUCAUUAGUUACCAUGGUGACACAACAGACAGAUUAGCAAACAUUGCCAAAAACGUUUUAAGAAAAAAUGCAAAUUUGAUUUAAAGAGCACAUUUUCAGGAGGCUGUGAUCCAUCCAUGCGUUCAUGAUCCUGUUUAUAUGUUUGAUUUUCAAGAAAAAGGGGAGAGUGACUAACUGAAAAACUGUUGGCUAAUGCUAGCUAGCAUGUGACCGUAAUGUUAUUUGAGAGAAACCUGUUUAACAACACAAAUCAGCUCACCUGUUGUAAUUCCAGCUAAGUGUCAGACAGAGCAGUGCCUAGAGUUAGCAUCACACCUUCAGGGAAUGUUGAUGACAUCAGCUGCAAAGUAUCAAUAAAGCAUGAACAAAAACUGUAAAGUAAAUGACCCCCUCUUUAAUAAACUGUUUGUUGAGUGGAUGAAGAUUUAUAAAGGCUGUUGAAAGUGCAGUUAUAAUAAAGUGGCACCAAACAUCAAAUAGACAAAGUGUAAAACUGAACAGUCCUCUGUGAGCAGCUAUUGGAACUAUUGGAGUAGUAUUUUUAAAUGGGUCGAAUACCAAACCUAACAGGAGGCAUGUCUUUAUCUCAGGCUUGGUACUUUUCCACUGGGGCUAAGAAAAAUCAUGGGUUUUUAUUAAUUGGCAGUGGAAAGAAUUGUAAAAUUGUGGUUUGUUAUGGGACUUUUCUGUGUACUGUGUCACUGGGCUUAAAUUAUGAUUUUACUUCAGUCUGAUUUAAUUUUUAAAUGGUCCUUUAUUACGAGAAAUAGACUCUUGUGAGCUUUAAACCAUGCCAUGUGUGAAUGAAACAAAACACAACUCCAGGUUUGUUUGUGACGAGGAAACUACAUUAGAACAGAUCAGAGAACAGAGUAAUCUGGCCCUUUAAUGUCGAAACAAACUAGAACAACCUAAAACAAACCCACUCUGACACUAUCAUCUAGUACUACUAUUACUAUUAAAGCUCCACUCUGUCACUUUUCUGGUGUCUGCUACCACCUGCUUGUCUCCAUGGAAAUGUUAUAUUGCUUUGCCUGGAAUUGUUCACAGUAUGGCAUUAAAUGUAUCUCCAUGGAGACAAGCAGGUGAUGCCAACAGAUUUUUCAGUAUUUCUUUUAGCUUUAUAAAAAUCCUGUAACUGAAUAAAUGCAAUGGUUUAAUGCUGUACUAUGGAACAUUCCAUCAGACAACCAGGUAGCAGAUUCUCCACCAGAAAAGUGUCACUCAUCUUUCAGUAUGAUUAGCUGCCCCCUGGAGCUAAGCCAACGUACUACCUCAAUAUUAUUGCCCUGUCCAGACUGAUCUGUGUCUGGAGCAGACCAGAUGCUCCUCCAAACAGUCUGGUCUUUACUCUCUGUCGUGUCUCAAGCCAGAACCAAAUGUGAUGGUCCAAUCAGAUUUGUUUAUUUCACUGAUGCAUGUGAAACAAAGGAGCUCAUUGAGCAUCCAUCAUUUACAAACAAAAUUACAUUUCUCUCCCCUCAGAUGAACAGAGUUUGGAGCUGCACUGAUAUUUCAAAAAUCCACAAUGUUUUUCAGUCCUUGUAAUAUUUUUGUCUUUACGUUUGACCAUGUGUGAUCCUGAUUGCCUAAUCCACCUGUCAAUCAUACCCGUCUGAACUCAGGGAGCAGACCAGUAUUGUAAAGUAUUGGGGAAAUGUGGAUUCUAGAUCCCAGGCAAGAAAUUUUCCUCAAGUAGAAGUAAAAGUCUGGAGUCUGAAAACUACUCUGAGACGUACAGUGUUUUUCAGAAGUGCUCCCACCUCUGAUGCAGUCCAUCCAUCCAUUUAUUUUCUUCCGCUUAUCUGAUUCAAAGUUGCGAGGGCAGCAGUCUAAGCAUGGCCUCCUAGACCUCCUCCACCCCAGACACUUCCUCCACCCCAGACACUUCCUCCACCCCAGACACUUCCUCCAGCUCCUCCGCUGAAACACCAAGGCGUUCCCAGGCCAGCCGAGAGACAUAGUCCCUCCUGCGUGUCCUGGGUCUUCCCCGGGGCCUCCUCCUGCUGCUGCAGGCAUAUGUUUUAAAUGUGAAGUUGUAGUUGUAUUUGACACUGGAUUCUUGUUUCACUUUAGUUAAAUGUUUUGGACAGUGUUUUGGACUGGAGCAUUUGGCGUGCGCGGCAUGACAUGAGUUUGAUGUUCCUCUGUUUCCCUCAGAGACACGGACACUUCCAUUUUGGCGUAUCGCAUUUUGCUGCUGUCAGAAAAUAAAAGAAAAUAAGAGAAAAAAUGACUUUGGUUUGGUCCAGAGCCUCAGAGCUGUCAGAGCCAAGCAGUGUAUUCCUGUCUCUGUCUCUGUGUGAAACAUAUGGAGUCAGCUUAGGUUAUUAAAAAGACACUCUUAAAAGUGCAUUAUGUAACUUUUCUGCUUGUCACCUGUUCAUCUCCUUGGAGAUAGGAGUGUGCUAGUGGUACGUUCCAGUCGUCCUUGGAGGUUGGAUUUUCCGAGUUCCAACUUCCAACUGAAUCACAUGCAACCCAUGUAAUUCAGCCCAACAUGGACAGUCUAAAUGUUCCACAGUAUGUCAUUUAACUUAUCUUGCAUCAGUUAAAAAAAAUGUGUUUUUUAUUGUUCAGAACUACAUUUAAAAUAUGCAUUAUUACUGUGAGCAGGGUCACCUCUCCACAGAUCUGACUUGUAACUCACGUGCUUGUCUCCAUGGAAGUAGAUAAGUUUAAUUCCAUAUAGUGGAAUAUUACAGGCAAAGACAACCAGGGACAGACACUCCUUUCAAAAAGUUACACAGUGCAGCUUUAACCCUGUCUGGCCAUUUCUAUGUGUAUUUUUUGUAGAAAUGAACCUAAUAAAAAUGAUAAUAAAUA